AAGAUUAUAUUUUAAAAGAAUUGGCUAGAUUAGUUCAAACACUUAUUCACUCUGAAGAUAUUUUUGCACAAUAUGGCAGAGAAGAGUUUAUUAUCCUUCUUAAGAAUAAAAAAUCUGAGCUAGCCUUUGAAAGUGCAAAGAAAAUUCAAAAAGUUAUUGAGUCUCAUGAAUUUAAUUAUAAUGGAAAAUGUUUAUUAGUUACAGUCAGCUUUGGAAUUGCUAAUAUAAAUUUGUCUGUGGAAUCUCAUGAAGAUUUGCUUAAGCAUGCUGAUGAUGCUUCAUAUAUUGCUAAAAGACAAGGUCAAAAUCAGGUAAAAAUUUGGAUUAAAGAAAUUGACUUUGUUGAUAAAGAAAUUGACUCAAAUGGUAAAGAAAUUGACUUAAAUGAUAAAGAGAUUGGCUCAAAUA